UUAUUAUGGUUUUGCCAGCGCCAGAGUACAACAUAACCGAGCUCAAACGUCCUCUGCUGGAAAAACUUAUUUCAUCUGUAACAUCGUCUUUAUCCUGCUAUGGCAAUGCUGAUAAGGUAAGCCCUUCGAAGAUGGAAGAAUUACCGAAAGCUUUCGUCAGUUCUCUGAGGGUGUUGUUUGAGAUUUUAGACGAGGACUCCGACGGUUAUGUGGAACUUGCGGAGAUUGAAAAGAGGUGGCAGGGGAAUUCCGUCACCGGGCUACCCGCGGGAGUUGUGGACUCUCUGAGAGGCAUCGCACCGAAGGACGGGCGACUGUCCUUUGACCGGUUCUGUACAGGACUCAAAAUCACCCUCGAGAAGAACCGAUCCAUCAGCAAAGCAAGGCAAGUACAGGUCAGAGGAUCUAGAAACUCAAAAGAUGAAAAACAGCCGACCACUGCAACUGUGCGACCUAAUAAUGUCGUUCAUCCAAUGAGGGCAAAAAGUGCUCCACAACUUCAGGAUGUUCCUACAAAACCGAUUAGACAAAUGAGGAACUCUCGGUCAUCUACUUCAGCACUUCCAGAUGAAAAGAAAACGUCUAACCCACCUAACUAUGCUGCACACAUGCAGAAAACUAAAGAAAAGUCACGGAAGUUCAGUGAUAAAUCUGAUGACUUGUAUUCCAAACACCAAUCCCACAUAGAUGGUCCGGCCAAUCCCACCUUGGCAGAUAAGAAGCGUGUAGAAGCUACAAUUAAAAGCUGGAAACAAGAAAAACAACAAGGCUCCUCUCAAUUCCAAAGACAACCAGAUCUUAUUUAUGGCAGGAAACAAGAAACCAGUGUGUAUACUAAACCUCCACAAAGCUUUCCUGGAGAUAUAUCCAAACACCCUGCAGAGUCGUCCCAUUACGAGAAGGCGGUGAGGAGGACGAGUGAGAGUACUCAGAAAGCUGGAGGAAGGAGGAAAAAGGAUGAACCUCGUAGACACACCCUCUCAAAUGGCAUCGAUUAUAAUAUGCUGAAGCGUAUGAAGCAACUGGAGCAAGAGAGAGACAUCUUCCUGCAGGGCUUGGAGGCUCUAGAGCUAGCCAGGGAUUGGUAUCGACAACAACUAUCUAGCGUCAGGGACAGGCAGGACAGAAUCAACAAGGCACAAGUUGACUUCACAGAGGACAUUGAUCAUCAGGACAUGGUUGUAUACAGGACAACGCGUAUCACCGAACUGAACAGGCAACUCAGGGCACUCAUAGCUACUCCGGAAAAGGGUUUUCCGAACCACAUGAACCUCGCUAUCAACCACCAGUAUGGGAAGUCUACCGGUAGUCAGCUGGACAUUGGCGCACCCCUCAUGGUGGGCAAACUCAAACAGCAGAAUAAACAAUUAACAGAGGAGGUUUCAUCAAAGAGUGACCGGAUCUCCAAACUGGAACAAGAGAAGGCUGCCCUCAUAAGGCAGUUGUUUGAAGCCAGGGGUCGUAAUAGAGAUCUACCUGAUAAUACCACAUUCCUCUGAACGAUGAAAAGCGGGACUAGCACAAACUACAAUUUAGAAGUCAACUUCAUAAAAUGAAUUAUGCACAUGUUGCUUUUACUGAUGAAAGAAAGGCUACCUCUCUGUAACACGAAACACUACAUGCAUAUCAUCGAAGGCAAGAAUUUGCAGGUUAGGAUCAGGAAUUGAUCUUGAAAAUGAUUCAGGGCAUCGU